CGACCACCGAAGACUGGAUGGGCGCCAGGGUCACUUUUCGAGACCCCAUCUGAAUAUUAUCGACUCAAACGACGAACACGGGAAAUUUCUCCGGCCGAUGUUACAAUGUCGCGACAAGAUGAGGCGAUCUCCAAGAGAAAUGACGAUCCUGGACGUGUCGGUCAGACAUUUGGCAGACUGGAGAGGGAUUUUGACUAUCAUGCGAAAUAUGCUCAUGAUGAACCCGAAGUUGAAAAGCUGUUACAGAAGCCUGAAAUAAAGAUAUAUUUAGAGAAAGCAAUUUUGACGGAUAAAUCAGGCAAGAGCCUUGAGGAUUAUCUGCGACUUCCUAUCAAGCAGAUCACUGAAUAUCAGAAAUACCUAAAGGAAAUGAUCAAAUACACGUCAAGAACCGAUGUUCCAACCGAAAGUUUGGAAAAAGCAUUGGAACUUAUGCUGUCAGUUCCAAAGGGAGCUAGUGACAUCGCCUACGUAAAGAAUAUAUUGAAUUACCCUGGUGAUGUGGUGAAGAUUGGUCGUCUUUUGCGCCACGAUGAAUUCAGACUGUGGGAAGGAACACAAGAAGGGGACGGCGAACUUGUCUACGCAUUUCUGUUCAAAAGCAGAUUGGUUAUCACAACGAAACAAGAGGCAGAGGAUGUCGACGAGCUGCCGGAAUUCGUUCAUAAACUCUCAAUUCGCGUAAGUACGCUGCUUCAAACUAUGAAGCAAAUAGGGCCUUUUGCUGACUGUUUAAAGAAAUCAAAUUAAAU